GCUAAACUCACAGCUCCUCUCAUCAUGUCCUACAACCUCUGUUCUGGAAACUUUUCCUCCCGUUCGCUCGGGGUUUACCCACGCUACUCAGGAUCCUCCUGUGGCUCUUCUUAUCCCAGCAACCUGGUCUAUGUCACGAAGCCCCAGUCUUCCAGCACCUGCCAGCUGGGCUUGCCUCUCUCCAGCGGCUGCCAGGAAACCAGCUAUGAGCCCACCAGCUGUGAGCCCACCAGCUGCCAGACACCCUGUGUGGUGCCCAGGCCCUGCCAGACUUCCUGCUACCGACCAAGGACCUCCUCACUUUGCCAGACGACUUAUACUGGAUCUCUGGGCUAUGGGUCCAGCAGCUGCCGCUCGCUAGGCUAUGGAUCUAGAAGUUCCUAUUCUUCGGGCUGUGGAUCAAGGCAAUUCUACUCCUCAGGUUGUGGAUCCAGUGGCUUCAGACCCCUGAGUUAUGGAGUUCGUGGCUGCUCUUCCCUGAACUGCGGAUCUGGAAUCUCCCGUCCAACUUACCUGGCUUCCGGGAACUGCCAGUCUCCUUGUUACAGACCAACCUAUGCCUCAUCCUUCUGCAGAUCAGCUUACUGA